UCCAUCUUGCAUCUGCUGUGUGGUAUGAUUUGCUCAAAGAAAACUACCUAUAUAAUUUGGUUACCCCUGAAUCUGGUCAACAGCCAGCCCUACGAUUCGAAAAGCGCCUAGGUACCUUACUGCCUAACUAUGACAAAUUUGUGGUGAUUUCCGAAUAAGUUUAUAUGCUCAAUGUAGACUCUAUUACUCUCCCGGAGAGGCAGAAUCAGCUAUCCAUGGAUAUCAUUAGUUCCUUUUACACCGCACUCCAUGUGGGUAUUAGAAUAUGACGCAGAAGCUGCCAGGCCAACUACAUAUGGCGAUAAUUUGGUAUCGACCGCAUGUUUUCGGCGGUCCGCAAUUGCGGCGUUCCGAUAAUUAUUGAAUCACUGUCAGCGGAGCUUCGGAGCGGCACAGGGGAUAGAGGUGGUCGUAUAGUCUUGGCCAAUCACAAGUCGGGACAGCCCGGGGUAUCGUUAAUGGUAUCGGGAAAUGCUGCUUCGGGAGGAUCGAGGUCAAGCCUUCAACUCUUCCAGCCUUUCAGCCCAGAUGAUAAAUAGUCCAAUUCCCGCCUCCAAGUUUGACCUCUCGAAAGAAGAUAGACGCCGCCCGCCUUGAAACUUCUCACUUUCUCACUCAAAUUCGAAUAUAUUAUAAUAUACAAUACAUAACUUCCACUUUAAGAAUCUUCGAGAUAACGAGAUGCCUUCCCAGCAAGCGAAGAAACACGCGUCUGUCGACACCUUGCGAGCAAUCGCGGAGGCGCAUGGAUUUCAGCUGAAACCUCAAGAUGAGCUAGAAUAUCUCGACAUCGUUCACGCGGCGGAGGAAUCCGUGAAUAUCGUCGACCAUUUGCCAGACUGGCUUACACCAGACCUCGGGACUCCUGCUCAAUCCUCUCGAACGUAUACUCUGCCAUCUACUUCUGAGAAUCCUCUGAAUGCUUGGAGCUAUCGGACGUGUAUCAAGGGUCCGGAGCUCCAAAAUAGCGCAGGCUUACUAGCUGGUAAGAAAGUCGCUAUCAAGGACAACACGGCUGUCGCGGGCGUUCCAACUACAGGCGGUACUCAGCCUUUCCACCUAUGCAACGAUAAGCCAGCCCCGAUCCCGACCCUCGAUGCCCCCGUCGUAUCUCGCAUCCUUGAGGCCGGCGCGGUAAUCACAGGUAUUUCGACAUGCGAGAAUUACUGCAUGUCGGCUAUGUCUUGUACCAGCGCCACGGGACCCGUCGACAACCCUUGGUUGAAGGGCUACUCCGCAGGUGGAAGUAGUAGCGGAUCAGCGGCGCUUAUCGCCCUCAACGUUGUCAAGAAGUGGCGCGAAUCCAGAGGUCUCCCUAUCGAAGAUUUAGGUGAAGGGGUAGACUUCGCUACUGGGAGUGACCAGGGCGGCAGCAUCAGAGUCCCUGCUGCGUACUGCGGUAUCUAUGGCCUCAAGCCAACACAUGGUUUAGUUCCUUUCACGGGCAUCAGCUCGCUCUUCCCCAUACUCGACCAUGUUGGUCCAAUGGCAUCCUCUGUUCAUGAUACCGCGCUCUUCCUUGCGGUACUCGCCGGUUACGACGGCUUCGAUCCCCGUAUGACCCCUGAAACCCCCCUUCGAGCUAAUGUACCUCAAUACCAUGCCAUCCUUGACGAACAGAUCGCUGCGCGUGCCGCGGCCGGCACCUGGACACCCCAAGCAGCGGGCCGUGGUAUACGUGUUGGAGUGCUUAAAGAAGCUUUCAGCGUCGCCGGCAUCAGUCCUGAGGUCAUAUCCGUCAUCCGCAAGGCUUCAUCGCGCUUCGCCGCCCUUGGCGCCUCCGUCGCCGAUGUCUCUAUUCCGCUGCAUAUCGCGGCGCCGCACAUCUUCACGGCUUCAACCCGCGCUUACAUGGCGGAUAUCCUGUUAUCCCGCCAGGGUUCCUCCACCGCGUCUUCUCUCCCAUUCCCAUUCCCGGGCCCCGCCCCAGCUGCUCCUGAUCAGAACUGGUAUGAGACGAUGACUGCGUCGAACCCGCUUGUCAUUGCUUUGCUUUUGAGCAGCGAGGUCCUAUCCGACCGGUCGAAGUAUCCAGAAACCGUACGGGAUAAGGCUGUACGUCACGUCCAAGAACUACGCGCCGCGUACGACAAAGCACUGCAGCAGUUCGACGUGCUAAUCAUGCCCGCGACGCCGACGGUCGGGCCACAGCACGCAGGAGCGGGCAUGGGUAUCGCGAAGAAGGCGGAGUUUCUCCUCUCGAACACGCUCAACACCAUGCCGUUUAACAUUACGGGCCAUCCGGGCUUGGUUAUACCCGUUGGCUGGGGUCACGUUGAAGGCGGCGGUGGAGAUGGGAAGGCGAAGUUACCGGUUGGUAUGCAGAUCGUGGGCAAGAGAUUUGACGAGCAGGCUGUCUUCCUUGCCGCUGCCGCGUGGGAGGUUGGUGGGCUAGGGCUAGAUGAGGAAUGAGUAAGGUAAUGAGGAAGAGUGUGGUGCGUGGUUAUGAAAGAGUGAUUACAGGUAAGUAGGUACUUAACAUAGGCAGGUUUACGCAUGUUUGUCAUCGAGAUUCUCAUUCUAAGCGAAUAAGUUAUGUCGCCAAUUAAUGUACAUAAGUCAAAUAGGAAUAAGAAUGGAUGACAUAACUCAUCCAUGGAUUCCUAUUACCUCUCUACAUGCUUAAUGACCUAAUAUUUGACUAGAUUGAAAUAUUGCCCAGACUCAUACGACUUAAUC